CCACGUCAAGAAAGCUAACAUGGACGGCGGAAUACUGAAAGGGAUGCCCAGGACCGGGUCCGAUGGCGGGGUGUGGUUGCGGCCCUAUGCUCCACUGGGGGAGUAUAGGAAAGAAGAUGUACAUCCCUUUCAGGCAGGAAAACAGGAGCCUUCAUUGUAUUCUAUAAAGGCUUUGGCAAUUCUAGAUAACGAUGGCAACAGGUUAUUUGCCAAGUAUUAUGAUGAGACAUUUCCAACAGCAAAAGAACAGAAAGCUUUUGAAAAGAACUUGUUCAACAAAACUCACAGAGCUAAUGCGGAGAUUGUCAUGUUUGAAGGAAUGACAUGUGUAUAUCGUAGCAAUGUCGACUUGUUUUUCUAUGUGGUUGGUUCUUCUCAGGAAAAUGAACUUAUUCUAGCCAGUGUCUUGAAUGCUUUCUAUGACUCAAUCAGCCAAAUUCUAAGGAAAAAUGUUGAGAAGCGGGCACUGCUUGACAAUAUGGAUGCCAUCUUUUUAGCAGCUGAUGAAAUAUGUGAUGGCGGGAUAUUGCUAGAAGCUGACCCCAAUGCUGUUGUUCAGAAAGUUGCAAUCAGAAAUGAAGAUAUUCCACUUGGGGAGCAGACUGUUGCACAGUUAACUAAGAAGCUAGAGGUUCUUCAGUCAGCCAAAGAACAGAUCAAGUGGUCAUUGUUAAAAUGAAGCAUCAGAAACCCACCCCUGCAUCAUCGCUUUCAUCAACGGCAUCCACCAACUUUGCAACAUAUUGUCCUCAUCAUGUGGAAGUGCAACCAAGUUGUUAAAAAAAUGUGUUGGCAGUCCAGGAGCACUAAAAUCCACAGACUAAUGUGAAGUUCGCAGUGGUCUUUGUAGUCACUGCUUCUGAGAGAACUAUCAUGCAGACGCACUGGUUGUAGAAGGCUGAUGGGCAUUGUUGCUGCUGUCAACAGCAUACAGCUUCAUUACUUCAUUCUUAGACUCUAGUUUACUGUCAUUGUUGGGAGGUGCUUUCAUUCUUCAUGGGAGACUUCUGUUCACUAAAUUUUGAGCUCUUGUGCUAUAGGAGGAUGUUAUAUUUUCUGUUAAUAGUCAUAAGAUCUUAAGCUUGAUGAGUAAACCUUUAUAUCAUAGAAGUUCAGUUUUUGAUCCCCUGACAAAUGCAUUGUGAGAUAUGAAGAAUUGUAUUAUUCAUACUGUCUGAUAAAAGGUCUUGAACUAAUUUUUUUCUCCUGCUUGCCAUUUACUUCACCUUAAUCAUUCCUCUUAAGUUCCUGUCAGGUGAGGAAUGAGAUACAAAGAUAUUUAGAAAACCAAUCAAAUGAUUUGAGCACACUAGUCAAUCUGAACAUUAAUGUCACUUUCAAGGGAUAAAUAUUCACAGAUGACUGAAAAUAUAAGGAGUGUGAGAAAAUUAUUUAUCAAUAAUUAUUAAAAGGGUUCUUCAGCAGUAA